AUGGGAUAUGACAGGACAUCACUAUCCACCAUUCACCGGUCUUUUGAGCAUGCUGGUGUCAAUCUCAAGCACAUCAAGAAGAUUGCAGCUGAAUGUGACCCUCUAUGUCAUGCAGACUUCGUUUGUCGUGUGUCACAGUACUUGCCAGCCUCUUUACUCUGUUUGGACGAAGUUUCGAAAGAUGACCGUACAUAUUCACGUCAUUGGGGACGUGCUGCACGAGGUGCUCGUGCUGAGCAGCAUCAACCAUUUGUUCGGAAACGUCGGUUUUCAAUGGUGGCAGGAUUAGCUCUUGAUGAGGGCAUAGUUGCUGCAAAAGUUGUUGAAGGAUCAUUCAAUCGCGAGAGUUUUAUGAAUUUUUUGCGCAACGACGUGGUUAGUUUUUCAGACUAUGAACGUGCAGCGUGUCACUGA